AUGGAGCAGGAGCAUUUCACCUCCUCCUCCUCAUCCACGUCGUCAUCGUCGUGCUACUACCCUGUAGCAGCCCUAGCCGCGCUGCUGUCCUUGGACGCGGCCGAUAGGAAUGACGACAUGCAGCUGCUCAACGACCUCGUUCAACACAUGGACGCCGACGAGUGCUCGGGCUGGUCCUCUUCGUCCUCGUCUACUUCCUCCGAGGUGGGAAUUACAUCGGUGGACACACGCAAUAAGCAUCGGUGGCAGGACGCCUCACUGGGCAACAAGCAUGAGGCCUUCAUCGGAGUACGCAAGAGGCCAUGGGGCAAGUUCGGCGCCGAGAUCCGCGACUCCACACGCGGGGGCGCCCGCGUGUGGCUCGGCACCUUCGACACCCCCGAGGCCGCCGCGCUCGCCUAUGACCAGGCCGCCUUCGCCGCCCGUGGCGCCGACGCCAUUCUCAACUUCCCCGUCGGGCGCGUGCAGCAGUCGCUCCACACAAUGGCGGAUGCCGCCGCGGGGGUCUCCCCUGUCCUCGCGCUGAAGCGCCACCACUCCAGGCGCAUGAGCACGACGCGCAGGAGCAGGCUCAUCCAUGGCAGAGCCACCACCAACACCAAAACCAACAAGAAUCGCAUGCGGCAGCAGCAAUUGGCACCCCAAAUCGCCACCGCGUCCAGCGUGUCCGUGGUGGCUAUGGCGGUGCCGCAGCCGGUGGCAGCACCCGGCCACUGCGGUGUGCUGGAGCUUGAGGACCUCGGCGCUGAUUACUUGGAGGAGCUCCUCCGGAUGACAUCCGAGUACUGACUGUAAAACAGAUUACCCUUUUCCAAGGGUGUAAUCAAUG